AUGGGGCAAUAUAUAACAACACAUGAUUUCUAUCAUUCAUAUACAGAUGAACCACAUGCUACACGUCGAAAAGAAAUGCUCAAAAAAUAUCCUGAAAUAAAACAAUUAAUGGGUCAUGAUUGGCGUACAGCAAUUCAAGUAGUUAUAUCUGUUCUAAUACAAAUAAUUGUUUCUAUACUUGUACGAAAUUCUUCGUGGUUCACACUAUUUCUUACUGCUUAUGUUAUCGGUGGAACAGUAAAUCAUAGUUUAUCAUUAGCUUUACAUGAAUUAACACAUAAUUUAGCAUUUGGUCAUUCUCGACCAAUGUCUAAUCGUUUAUUAGGCUUUUUAGCUAACUUACCAUUAGGUGUUCCAGCAUCAAUUACAUUUAAAAAAUAUCAUCUUGAUCAUCAUCGAUUUCAAGGUGAUGCAAUUUAUGAUACAGAUGUUCCAACACGUCUUGAAGUAUUUUUAUUUUCAUCACGUAUCGGAAAAUUUAUUUUUCUAGUUAUUAUGCCACUUCUUUAUUCUUUUCGACCGAUGUUUAUUUUUCCAAAACCAAUACAUACUUUAGAAGUUGUUAAUUUAAUUAUUGUAUUAGCAUUUGAUGGAACCAUAUGGUAUUUAUUGGGUGGUCAAGCUUUAGUAUAUUUUUUUCUAAGUACAGCACUUGGUCUUUCACUUCAUCCUAUUUCGGGACAUUUUAUUGCGGAACAUUAUGUUUUUACAGAAGGACAAGAAACGUAUUCUUAUUAUGGACCAUUGAAUGCUAUUACAUACAAUGUCGGAUAUCAUAAUGAACAUCAUGAUUUUCCAUAUAUACCGGGUCGAAAUUUACCAAAAUUAAGAAAAAUUGCUCCUGAAUAUUAUGACAAUCUACCACAUUAUACAAGUUGGACAAAAGUACUCUAUGAUUUUGUCAUGAAGGAUAAUGUUGGUCCAUGGUCACGCAUAACUCGUCCAACUAAAAGUGGGCGUGUUCCUGUAGUAAGUCAACAAGAGUAUGAACAACAAUUGAAAUCAACUGUUAAUUCAGCUCAAAAAAGUGAUUAA